CCACUUUUUUCCCCUGCUGCCACAAUACUGCAGACACGUAACCAUCCUGUUUUUAGUCAGUUUAAGCUUGCACUUAAAAUACAAGGCUUUUACAUUUGCUAUCUACAUAAGCACACUUUAAUGUCAUCUUGACAAAACCUCUGCUCGCCGAUUCGAAUCGCUGGAAGUGGACCAUGGCGGCUGCCACGAGCAGCAAUUCAUCCACAACCACGCUUCAGAUAAAGCAUUCCAGUAUCGAGCAUACGCGGAAACGCAUAGACCCUCGGAGGAGACAAGCCGCACUCUCUUUUCUCAGUAACAUUUCUUUGGAUGGUCGACCGGUGCAAGAUGAUGCCGACAAUCAGAUCGAAGAGGAUAAUUCAAUUGAGUCGAGGACUAGACAGAGCCUGGUUUCUGCAGCAGAGCGUCCUCUGUUCGCGGCUGGCAGUGGCACAGGGGUAGCGAACCCCACCGCUACCCAGGCGCUCGCUAUUGCAAACCAGGCUCUGAUUGCUAACGCACGAGAUAGUUUUGGGAUUGGUCCCGCCGCUGCAGCUCAAGCGUGUACAGAUCCGGAAGGGGAUGCUUUCGGCCCUUCGAUUUUCAGUUCGCCUUUCUCUGCAGUACCAGCCGCGAUUAGAGGCAGGCUUCAGACCUACACUCAGGGAGUUGUGCCUGCUGCCUACUCCAGGCAGGCUUCCCAAGGCUUCUGUUUGGAGGGAGGACAGAUAGCCAACUCUGUCCUGGAGCUGCAGAGAUCAAGACGGCGGCUCAUCUCUCAGCGAUCCUCCUUGGAGACACUGGAAGACAUUGAGGAGAACGCUCCUCUACGCAGAUGCAGAACCCUCUCAGGUUCACCCCGACCAAAGAGCUUCAAAAAGGUCCACUUCAUCAAGAACAUGAGGCAACAUGAUAUGCGCAAUGGAAGGAUAGUCCUAAUCAGUGGCAGAAGAUCCUUGUAUAGUGUAUUUUCUGUCCUGCCCUAUCGAGAUUGUAGCCAACCAGGGGAUGUGAAACUGGAAAGCGGGCGGCAGCGUCACCCCUCGGGCGGGGUCAGUGCCAAGGAGAUGGUGAUCGGGCUGGAGGGAGUGGAGCUGGGGGCCUAUGGAAAGACUGUAUCAUACACCCAGUUCCUGUACCCCACCAACGCCCUGGGCAGCGGACGCAGGAACACCAUCGACUCCACUUCAUCCAUCUCUCAGUCUCGUAACGCCAGCCACCGCAGCCUCAGCUUGGGCCGGGCCAACAGCAAUCAGAGCAGCAUCGACACAGGGAAUGAUCUGGGGGACUUGAUCCGGGAGUAUGACCCCAAUCUGUUGGACGAUCCCCAGUGGCCGUGUGGGAAGCACAAGAGAGUCCUCAUCUUCCCCUCCUACAUGACUACAGUCAUAGAGUACGUCAAGCCUUCUGACCUCAAGAAGGACAUGAAUGAGACGUUCAAGGAGAAGUUCCCCCACAUACGGCUGACCCUCAGCAAAAUCAGGAGUCUGAAGAGAGAGAUCCGUAAAUUGGCCCAGGAAGAGUGUGGCUAUGAGGAACCCACCGUAGCCAUGGCCUUCGUCUACUUCGAGAAGCUGGUCCUCCAGGGGAAACUCAACAAGCAGAACCGCAAACUCUGCGCCGGCGCCUGCGUCCUGCUCGCUGCCAAGAUUGGCGGAGACCUCAAGAAGCACGAGGUCAAGCAGCUCAUAGACAAACUGGAGGAGAGGUUUCGUGUGAACAGGAGAGAGCUGAUAGCCUUUGAGUUCCCUGUGCUUGUAGCCCUGGAGUUCAACCUGUACCUGCCUGAGCACGAGGUCAUGCCCCACUACAGACGCCUCGUCCAGACUUCCUAGCAUUAGUGACCCGUCAGGAGGAGCACGUAGACCAUGCCCUUCUGAUCCAGGACCAGAAUCUACACCACACCCUCCUCCCCACCCCACCACUGGGUGCCACGACCAUGUCUCCUCUCUGCAGCCUGGGGAUCCAUUAUGGACCAUGAUGUUGGAGCUCCACUACACUCUACUGCAGGCCACAUUCAUAUGUUCAUUUUCAGAUCGAGACUGGAAAGCAGCCAAAGUGACACGUAUUUCCAUACACGUAUUCUUCAACAUUUUUCUCAGACUUUUACUCCUACAUUCGACACUAGCUACAUCUUCAAAAGACUUACACUAUGAUUCAAAGUUUGGGGUCACUUAGAAAUGUCCUUGUUUUUGAAAGAAAAGCUAAUUUUUUGGUCCAUUAAAAUAACAUCAAAUU